AUGGCCUCCAAAAUCGCUCUUAUUACUGGAGCAUCGUCUGGAAUCGGGCUUGAAAUCGCGCGAGGCUUGGCGAAGGCGCAGCAUUAUGUUUUUCUUGGUUGCAGGAGCAAGGUCAAAGGAGAGGCAGCUCUGAAGGAGAUUCACAGAUCGGAUCCUUCGUCGAAAAUAACUGUCAGAGAUGGACUCGAGCUUUCGGACUUAGAAAGCGUUCGCCACUGGGCUGACAAAAUUAAAAAUGAACUCUCCCUGAACAACGAUAAAAUCGGCGUGCUUGUGUGUAAUGCCGGCGUUAUGCAUCAUCCCUUUCAACUGACAAAGGAUGGAUUUGAAACGCACAUGCAAGUCAACUACUUGUCGCAUUAUGUACUCAUCAAAGAGCUACAGGAAGUUUUGAAGGGUGGAAAAGUCGUCUUUACGACGUCUUCUUUGUAUAAAAAUGCUGAUCCAAGCCUGCCCUAUCUCUCCCACAGUCCUGAGAAAACUCCUGACUACGAAAAAUCAGGUGGAGUAAGUGCUUAUUCUCAGUCGAAAAUGGCGAUGAAUCAAUGCGCGAUUGCUCUGACUGCUGCCAUGCCUGAUAUUACUUUCGUCCUGACAUCUCCUGGUGUUGUAAGAACAGACCUAGCGAGGCAUAUGGCUGGAAAGAGUGGGUUUCACAAAGUUAUGGUCAACACUUUUUGGCAUGGAAUAGGCCGACUCAUUCUGCAUUCUCCAGAAUCUGGUGCUCGACCUGGACUCACCGCUUGUGGCGAUUCGACAAUCAAAUCUGGAACUUAUCUGACCCAAAAAGGCCCCGAAGAGCUGACCAAGGAAUGCAUUGACCCUGAAGCUAUCUCGACAAUCAUCGAAAAAACUGAAAAGCUCUUGUCUGCCGGAACUGAAGUUUGA